AUGUACAAGGCUCGAAAAGAAAACGAAACAAAGCACUGCGCUCUUCGUCCCCCAUUUGCUUCUCAGGCAAGCAUUGCAUUGAAUGUAAUUAUUUUGAAUUGGAAACUCAUUAUACUUAUAGAAGAAAUAAGUUGGAAACUAAGAAGUCUUCCACCUGCGCACUACAUUUUUAAGAUUGAAAACUUCUCUUUGCUUUCGGACAUAAAAGCUGAGAGCUUCACUUCUGCUGAUUUUGAAGUUGGCGGCUAUAAAUGGAAGUUAUCUGUGUAUCCGGGAGGAAACAAGAAAAAAAAUGGAGAUGGAUACAUAUCUUUGUAUCUAGUUCUGUCUGAAUUUAAUAAAAUCACUUUCACUAAAGAGGUUAACGUUUAUUUCAAGCUCUUCGUUUACGAUUAUACUCGCGACAACUACUGGGCUGUUCAAGAUGGUAAUGACAAAGUAAGGCGGUUUCGUGGUAGUAAAAGAGAAUGGGGAUUCGACAAACUCAUUUCCAUCACUGAUUUCAAAGAUGAUUCGAAUGGAUACUUAGUAGAUGACUGUUGCAUGUUUGGUGCUGAGAUUUUGGUCAUAGAUAAUGCUAAUAAAGGGGAGUGCAUGAGCCUAGAAGUUCAUCCGAAGGGAGGUUCAAGAGCCGAAGGAAAAAGCUUAUCCUUAUAUUUAAGACUAGAGGAUGAUGAGAAUGGAAGAAAGUUGUAUGCAGAAUUCAUGUUACGAGUAAGAAACCAAUUUGAGGGAAAACAUCGUGAAUGGAAAGCUCAACAUGAUUUCAAAUCUAAGUAUGGAUGGGGUUAUCCGUAUUUUAUAUCUCUCAGUGAUCUAAAUGACAAAUCGAAGGGCUUUAUACAUAACAAUAAUUUGAUAGUCGAAGUAGAAAUUCAAGCCAUGACCGUGAUUAAAGAGCUGUCCUGA